CCGGUAGGGGCGGAGCGCAGACGGCCCCAGAGCGCCGCAAGUACCGGAGGCGGAGGCUGGUGCGCCGAUCUCUCCCGGGCGGGUUCCUGCUGUCCUCGCCGCCCUCGGACCGUACCGAGCGCCAUGGCCCAGCAGCCGCCCGACGUCGGAGAGGACGACUGUCUUCCUGAGUACCGCCACCUCUUCUGCCCCGACCUGCUCCGGGGCAAAGUCGCCUUCAUCACAGGUGGUGGGUCUGGGAUCGGGUUCCGGAUUGCUGAGAUUUUCAUGCGGCAUGGCUGCCACACGGUCAUCGCCAGCAGAAGCCUUCCGAGAGUGUCGACGGCUGCCAGAAAGCUGGCUGCUGCCACCAGCCAGCGGUGCCUCCCUUUGUCUCUGGACGUCCGAGAUCCCCCAGUCAUCACGGCCGCCGUGGACCAGGCACUGAAGGAGUUUGGGAAAAUCGACAUUCUCAUUAACUGUGCAGCUGGAAACUUCCUGUGCCCUGCCAGCGCACUGUCCUCCAACGCCUUCAGGACUGUGAUGGACAUUGACACCUUGGGCACCUUCAACGUGUCUCGCGUGCUCUACGAGAAGUUUUUCCGGGACCAUGGAGGGGUGAUUGUGAACAUCACCGCAACACUGGGUACCCGGGGGCAGGUGCUCCAAGUGCAUGCAGGCUCUGCCAAGGCAGCUGUGGGUGGCCCCCAGGCCAGCAUGAGCAAGAACGUCCUGGCCAGCCCCCUGCAGAGGCUGGGGGACAAGACGGAGGUCGCCCACAGUGCGCUCUACCUGGCCAGCCCUUUGGCAUCCUAUGUGACCGGGGCCUUGCUGGUGGUUGACGGUGGGGCGUGGCUGACGUUCCCUAAUGACAUCAGGCUGCUGGCGGAUUUUGCAUCCUCUGCUAAGCUCUAGGUGAUAUGCUGCUCCUACCUUCUGGGGGUGACCUGUGUCCUUGGCCCCCUUCCCAAAACCCCCACCCAGUGGGCCGAUGGUCACUGUGCCUUUCCCCUCAAUUCUCUGGGCAUAUUCCUAGAUGUGUUCUCGGACACUUUGGGGUUUCCACUACCCAACAGACCAGGCCAUAUGUAGGCAAAGCUGGGGAGGGGUCUUCCUGGGCAGAUGGGUUGUGCCAGGAGGGGGCCUAGCCCGACAUAGCUGCACCCAGACCUCAGGGCCUCCUGCAAACCAGGACAGGCAUGGCUUGCCUGCAGCAAAGGGAACCCCCCUCUCUCUUUGGGAGCUGCCCCGGGUGACCCUCGCUGGAGGCCUGAGGGCCUGCUUGGCCCCUGAGGGCCGGGGAGGAUGCUGUUGCUCUCUGCUCUCCGCUCUGCCCUCACUAAUCCCAGUGGUGUGGCUGGCCCAUGAGGCCACUCAUCCUGGUUCUCUGAGCAGCAGCUUCCCCUGAGGAACGCUGAGGUGGUGUGCCCUGCCUCAUCAGGACUGCCUGUGCCUCUGGGCCCCUCUGCUCCAAAGCCCCCAGGAGGGUUCCCAUUGCAGGGUGGUGGCAGGAAUGUUUUAGGACUUUGGCUGGCUCCUUUUCCAUCCAAGGGGGCGGGUGUGGUGGAGGGACACCGGGGAGCUCACAGCGUUCGGUCACACUGUGAAGCUGUGGUUGGAGCAGGCUUCCGUGACGACCCCUGUCCUCCCCAGGGAGGUUUAUUGAUGGGCACAGGUGGUGCUGAGAAGUGCCUCUUCUGAGGCCCUUUGUGGGUUGGUUGCUAGCAGACACAUCCUCAGUGCCUGUGGCACAUGGGUGACCAGGCAGCGGGAGGGUGUGGGCCCUGGGCUGGCACCCAUCACUGAAUGAGGAGCGCUCAUCUUGGGGAGCUCUGGGAGAAGGCAGAAGGGGGCUGCUGGUGCCCGCACCCCAGAAGAUGCACAAGGCCUGGCUGCUCAC